GUGAAAAAAAGGCAAAAAAUUUUCCAGCUCCACCAAAAACCAACGCGAAGGACGAAAUUCUGUGCGUUUUCUGCGGUCGCGUGGCCGUUUGUAGUGCACCGCGGAGUAGUAGUAGGCAGCAGCAAUAACGCAAUCACAGCGAAAGAGCCAAGCCUUGGAGUGCAUCCCGCAGUAGCAGCAGCCACAACCGCAAAUAACACACUGCAAAAUGGCGGAGCAAGGAGGUGCUGGAAAGAAAAUCACCAUCACGGUGAAAACACCGAAAGAAAAGAAGACGAUCGAAAUAGCGGAGGAUGCCGAAAUCAAGGAUCUGAAGGCGAUCGUGGCCGAGAAGUUUGCGACGAACCAGGAACUGGUGUGUCUAAUCUUUGCCGGUAAAAUCAUGAAGGAUGGCGAUACGCUCAAGACACACAACAUCAAGGACGGACUGUCGGUGUAUCUGGUGAUUAAGGCGGCUUCGCGCCCGGAUUCGGAUGGUCCGCGUAGGCCAGCAGCGGACGUCGGUGCAACACCGUUCGGGCUGAACCAGCUGGGUGGACUCGGUGGUCUGGAUGCACUCGGUGCUACGCAGACCAACUUCAUGGAUUUACAGUCGCGCAUGCAGCACGAACUGCUCGGUAACCCGGACUUGAUGCGCACCGUGCUGGACAACCCGCUCGUGCAGCAGAUGAUGAACAAUCCGGACACGAUGCGCCAGAUACUGACCUCGAACCCGCAGAUGCAGGACCUGAUGCAGCGCAAUCCGGAGAUCUCGCAUGUGCUCAACAAUCCGGAGCUACUGCGCCAGACGAUGGAGCUAGCCCGCAACCCAUCGAUGCUGCAGGAGCUGAUGCGUUCGCAUGAUCGUGCCAUUUCUAAUCUCGAGAGCGUCCCCGGUGGCUACAGUGCGCUGCAGCGCAUCUAUCGUGACAUCCAGGAGCCGAUGAUGAAUGCAACGCUCCGUAAUCCCUACUCGGGAACGUCGGGUUCGGCCGGUGCGGGCAGUGGUGCCGCUGCCGGUAACCCACAGCAGGGUACCGAGAAUCGUAGCCCUCUACCAAAUCCCUGGGGUGGUGGCGGAGGUAGCGGUGCAGCGACGGGUGGCAGUGGUGCUGCCGGUGCUGGCACUGGAACAGAUGCGGCCGGUACACCGCUCGGGCUGCUCAACACACCGAGCAUGCAGAGUUUGCUGCAGCAGAUGAGCGAAAAUUCGUCUCUGAUGUCGAAUAUGCUCAACUCACCGGCCACUCGUAGCGUGAUGGAAGCGAUGGCGGCUGAUCCUUCCUUGGCGACGAACUUGAUCUCGCAAGAUCCACUGGUGGCCAACAAUCCGGCCCUGCAGGAGCAAAUGCGCACGAUGAUGCCACAGCUGCUCCGGCAGAUGCAAAGUCCGGAGGUGCAGCAGAUGAUGACUAACCCGCAGGCUCUGAACGCGAUCCUCCAGAUUCAGCAGGGCAUGGAACAGCUUCGCUCGGCUGCCCCAGGGCUUAUGAGCACGAUGGGCAUACCACCGAUGCCGGGCGCAACUACGGGUACGGCACCCUCGACGACAACCACCACCACCACGAGCAGCAACACUCCGAGCACCGGGGCGGUGCCUGGUGCCGGUGCGCAACCGAACGAAGCCCUGUUUUCCGAGUUUAUGGCCCGCAUGCUCAACGGUAUGUCGUCCGGUACCAAUGACACCAACAUUCCACCGGAGGAACGCUAUCGGGCGCAGCUCGAGCAGCUGGCUUCGAUGGGCUUCGUCAACCGGGAAGCGAACCUGCAGGCCCUGAUUGCCUCGUUCGGUGACAUCAAUGCGGCGGUCGAGCGGUUGCUCGCUCUCGGCCAGCUCUCCCUGAGCUAACAACGUGCACCACGACGUCGUAACUACUGAGAAAGAGGAAUCCCCUCGUCUGUUCCAAUUGAAUUUUUAAAAGGUUGGGUUUAAUUUGCUCGUCCAGCAGGACACACUCGGGUCAUAGUGAUGGAGAUGGUUGCCAGAGGAAUGGUGCUUGAGAUAAACGAAAGGACGUACAUUAGAAACGGUACUGCAUAAGGCCCAUACUAUUGCUCGCGUGAUGUUUUCGUGUUUUAGUUUUACUCGUGAUGUACUUGGAAGCAGUGAGUACAUGAGAGCGAACGGAAAGGUCAGGCAACCGGAUAGUAGCAGCGUGUAGUCAGUGCAGGCAGAACAUGUGCAUGUGAGGGGGGUGUGUGAGGUACAAGGGAAAAUGGAUGUGCUGCGGUCGUGUAGAAGCGACUAUUUACUAGGUGAAUAGAAGAGCGUUAGAAUGGAGGCUUCUCUUUUUGUGUAUUUGGAGAGGAAACGAAAAUCGGUAUGACCCAUAGUGACGGAAUACAUUUCUUGACCUUUCGCGUAAUCAACGGAACACACACACACAAACACGCAGUCACACAAGAAUAGGGCUUCAAUCCAAAUUAUCUACGUCCGCAGCAAGCAAUAGCAACAACAGUGUCGAAGUGGUAAACCUUUAGAUGAAAAUGAAACAAUAUCGGUAGUUGGCAACAUACAUACAUAGUCUACACACACAUACACACACACACACACAGUUAGUUGGAAAUAGUUAUACCCAACGGUGGGGGACACUGUAUAGCCCGGAUCUACGGCUAUCUACGGUUGUACGGUACCCGUCUUAGCGCUGAUCUGAUUUUAGGCGAAGUGGCUGCUGUUUGCCACUGGUACUUGCUAUACGCCAAGUAGUAGAAAGAGUCAGAGUAGGCAAUGACGAGUUGUACUAACACACAGCGACAGACACCAGGCAGACACAACACGCAAGGAUACACUCUCGCCUCUUUCCCUUUUAUUCAUUUCCAAUGGAGUGCGGAGUGUGCCGCGCCGGAACCUAACAGCCAUUUUAAGAACAUCAGCUAAGGCUAAGGCAUCCAGAUAAAAAAAAAGCAAACACAUGCGCAUAUAUAUAUAUAAUGAUAUAUUCAAUAAAAUGUUAAAUCAA